GCAAGCUCUACGGCGUCUGUUAAGGGACAUACACGGUAUACUAUGGCGAUUUAUCAUUUUGUCGCCUUAUUAACAAUGAAUGACUUUUGAAAAGCGAGCUGUCAGUGUUGGGCUUUAAAAUGUCUUAAAUACCAACGACGAGUUACUCUGAACCACCGAAAGAAAGAAAGAAGGGACAGAAAUGUUAAGCUGUGUUCCGAAGUAACGGUAGUUUUGUGGCCGGAGGCUGCGUCGCCACUUCGGACUUUUUUCAGUGAACGGCUCGGUCCAUCCGGUGAGUGAAUGUCUAACCGGUCUCAGAAUUCAUUACUCUUGAAUUACACCGCCAGAGACAGGUGAGAAACACUAAAGCUAAUGUUAUUCUUUCUAACGGGCUGAGUCAGAUUGAACGGUUAAUUCUGUCUGUUCGGUACUUUGGAUCCUCAGUCUUGCUAGUAGCGAGCUAGUCGUGUUGCUAGCGGAGGAAGCUAGCAGCUAAAUAAACUGAUAUGACGUGAUAUAACGGUCACCUGCGCGAGCUCCCCGAGUCACCUAACGGUCGGUUAGCUAAACUUUAGCCGGGACAUUCAGCUCUAAUUUCUCAGCCACAAGUUGUAACGCUGAAUUUAUAAUAUGUAAAGGUGAAUUAAAGCCGUUUACUUCUCAGUUUGUAAACUUUGCCUAACUGUCAUCUUAUUUCUUGGAUAAAUGUCAUUACAGGAAAAUGAAGUGCGAUGUCCACAACAACCAAACACUGCAGAGUACCAUGGUGCGCAUUUCGGCGACGUUAGCCGCCUCUUAAACCCAGUAACAGGCGAAUAAACGGGGACAAGAACCCUGCAGCAGGUUUCUGGACACUGUAAAGGCUUUGGUGCUCAAAACAAGAGGAGCAAGGCCAGCUGGGAGUCUACUCUUUCCUUGAAUUCUCCUCAUCAGCCAUGGAUGAGGAGGUGGUGAGCAUGGAUUAUUUGCUGGAGCAGGUGAUGCAGAAGGACCUGGGGAAAAGGCUUCAGGUGGGGCAGGAGACCAUUGAGCUCAUCCUGGAUGAAGGAAAGUCCCCAGACCUGGACCAUGACCAGAGCAUGCUCGACAGGAUGGUAGACGCAGUGGCCAGCUCCUGGGUCAACUCCAGCAACUUUAAGGUGAGAGUUUGAGAGAAAUCAGACACACUUUACCUUUUCAACAUUUACUCAAGAGUAACCUCAGAGUGGGGUAAGAUGAGCCAGUUUUCAUAUUUCGGAUCACUACAUCAAGUCAAUCAUAGUUUCGUAUAUUUCAGGAUGUUGUUCAUCCCUGCAAACCAACAGAACAAGUGUAAACAGAACUGUCUUGAUAAUAUAGCAUGCAAAAAAAAGUGGUCUCCUAUGGUCAACUUACCCCGUGUAUGUAUGGGGUAAGUUGACCAUAGGAGCGGGGUAAGUUGAGCCGUAUCUCUCCACCCCAGCCCUCCCUCACCUUCUCUCUCCCUAAAUAACAGUCACUUCUUCACAUUCAUGUGUAUUUUUAUCUAUUAUACGCUAUUCAACUGGUACAAUAAGUAUUUUUAUUAUUAUUGCUUAUAACUGCUAAAAAGCUGUUUAGCAAAAAGCCAUUUGAACAUGAGAAUGUCUUUAAGUGAUUCAGAACAUUCGCAGAUCUGUAUUUUUGAAAAGAAAAAGUCAAACAUUUCAACAAUCUGAACGUAAACUGAAUCUCUCAUCAGACUCCUUGUCUAAACUCUUCACCCAUGUGCUUCUAACCUUCACUGACUCCAUAAAUUGAUGCCUAUCUCCUAAAUAUUUGGUCACAUGAUCAAUUUCUUUUACCAUUUCCAAGCACAACUUACCCCACUCUCCCCUACUGGACAAGUGUGAGCAUAAAAUUAGCCUCAAAAUAUUUAAGUAAUUUAAGUUUCGAAAGCAUAAAAUAUCAGAAAUACAUAUGCUCAUGCCCAUUGUCAAUAUGAGAAGUGAUUUUGGAAAACAAAAAUUGCGUUAUCAUUCAUAUUAUAGUGGGGAUAUUAAUAAUUGUAAUAUUGAUAGAAUUUAUAGUUGCGUUGUAGGUUGUACACUAAACCACAUCUAUCCGCUGAUUCUGUUUCUUAGGAGCAUCAUGUACAUUAGCAUGUAAAUUAUGUGGAUACAAGUCUGACACUUUUAACUAAUCAAUGCAGCUGUGUUUUGGUCCUGCACAGUAACAUCAGCUGUUUUAUGUUGUCAUGAGUCGUUUAUCAUUGAGCUGCAGUGGACCCAAACUAAAAUUUACUUUGUUUUCAUGAUGGCUGUUGGAAAAGGAGGUGGUGGAACGACUACUUUACAAAUGACUUAGUAUUUCUCAUCCUUAUUUUGAACAUUGUUGCAGUGGUGUCACAACACGCCCCUCUGCUGUCAUGGACAUGGAUUCAUCUGUAGCAUUGCUAGAAUUUGCCAAUCUGAGUUGUAUGAAAUAUUGAUUUCUUACAUUUUUCUGGCUGUCACGCCUGUAAUCUCAAGAAAUGUGUCAAGUUUUUUUUUACUUAGAAGAACUAUCAACAGCAAGCUCAGUGAAAGUGACACUAAUCCUUCUUCAAUAACGUCAUGAUAGUUAAUAUUUUUAACAUGAUAUUUGCUUGUUAAUUUUACACUCUUUUCUUUCCGAAAAAGCUAAAAAAAAUAAGAGUAUGAAUGGGGAAAUGGACCUCUGAGGCUUCUGAACAUACCACAUGACCCUUCUCAAGUGUGUCAAAUGUUCAGAAAUGGAAGAAUUGAAGACUAAUAGGGAAGUGAAGUCAUCAAAGUUUUCACAAAGGUCAUGAUUCCUUUUUGUGUGCUCCUUUAAUUUGCUGUGGAAGAUCAUGUGAUACCAUCAAAAGCGCUUGAACAGCUGAUGAAUCAACCUUGUGGCAAAAUUGAUCGGUGAACUGCUGAACUUUCAAUCUCAACCUAUUUUGAGAAAAGAUCCAUGGAGGGAAUUAUCCUGAAAAUGACAGCUUUGACGGCAGUUAGGUUUAACUCUCUGGCAGAUAAAACUAAGUGUAACUGAAAAAGCACAUGCUUACAUGUCAACACCGUUUAACGCUGUGUUAACACGCACAUACCAGCACACCAAUCAUAUCGCUCUUUGCUGUGCUGCCCUGAAAACACAGCCUCCUCCAGUCUGCUCAAUUUCUGCAGGUCUGUAAUGGGGACGAGGCUCCCAGGCGAGUGUAUGUCAGCGUUGGUGGCUGUGAGCUUAAUAUACUCGUACCAUUAGCCCACUUUCCUUUCCAGUGUGAACAAAUCAGUCAAGGAGGAGCAGCGGCUUUUUCGGGACGCAGUGUUUUAGUGUUGGCAGAACAGCUUCCUGUCUGUCUGAGCUCUAAUGUGAGUGUGUGGUGGGAGUUAAACCUUUCAGAUGGGUGUGUGCGGGGUGAAAGAUGGAGGAGAGCUGCUUCAUGCUGGUGGUCUAAUGGCUUUUGUUAAUUGAUUGUACAGUAAAGAGAGGACGAGCUGGGCUGUCACGUAAAUUAAAAGACCGCUCAGCUGCUGAUAAAUACAGACAGAUGGUAAAAGUCACAUCCUCAUUUACGACAGGCGGAAAAACGCAGUUUAUUCACCAUUUACAGUUUAAACUUUCAGAUGAAUUUACCGUAAGAGCGCUGCCAUACGCUGUAACUUAUAUUUUCUACAUUUUUAAUCCAAAACCGAGUGAUGUUUGAGUUUAAAACCCAGAGAUAUUUCAUUGUGUAAAUAAAACACAUUGGAGAAACCUUCCCACUCGAUGUUGCAGUGAUAAACCUGAUAGAGUUCUACAAAUUUGUCUUUGAAAUACAGAAAGAAUUUACGUCAGUCUCUCUGUUUUUAACACCACUGAAGCAUUUAGAGAGUAGAAGGUCAUAGUUUUGCUUUCAGUUUCAGGAGAUGCUGUUAUUUUGCAAAAAGUGUAAUUAUAAAGUCAUGAGAAGCUUGAAUCAGAGAAUCUGGAAAUUGUUUUAGUGUCUGAGACUUGAAGAUGGUUAUAAUUGAUAUCAUUACUGUCAGUACAGUCAUUUCUGCUAACCACCAGCAGAUGGCACUGGUGUCUAAUUUCAUUUAACAGUUGCUGUGGUCAUGUGUCUCUCUGCUAAAGAGAGUUUCCAAAAAUUGCACCAGUAUCUGAGCAGAAGCCCAGGUGAUGCUUAUGUGUUGAUUAUGGUGUUAGCAGGGUAACUCUCACUAAACGUUCAUUGAGUUUCCCAUACCACCCCAUGACAAGGAAAGUUGGGACAAUCAGUAUCAGAACCUUUUCUGUAAAAUUUAGAGGUUAUUUUCAGUCAUGGUCCAACUAGAGUUUGAUAUUUUACUGUUCUGAAUGAUAGAUUAUUACCUAUUAUUAUAUUUUAAACCACAUAAACAUUUGCAGUUUCAUUAUUCUUAAGUUUGUUUGAUGAAAACUCUUGGUUUGGCCAAAUUACCCAUAAUGCCUUGCAGCCUAGACUCAAAUCCAUUGAUGUUGAAACCGGUCUGAAGUUGCUGUGAAUCUUCUCUAUCUUGGAUUAUGGGAUUAUUCUGUUGGAUUUAAUCUGUUUAUUUGUUUGUUAUCCUUUUUCUUGGUGUGGUGUGUGCGUGUGCGUGUGUGUGUGUGUGUGUGUGUGUGUGUUUGUGUGUCAGGUGGUUUUGUUGGGGAUGGAUAUUCUGUCAGCUCUGGUCAGCAGACUGCAGGAGAGAUUCAGGACACAAGUGGGAACAGGUGAGUUGAUGCACAUUUUACUAGAACGGCUUCAUAUUAAAAAAUGAAGUGAAAAUAAUUAAACUCGUUAUUCUGAUCCAUGAUUUAAAACCAGUUUUAGGUCAUUUAUUGAAUUACACAAUACUAUAUAGUAAAGUACAACACAAGAAUACGAGAAGGGGAUUUGUUAAAGUGUAUUUGUUGUUAAAAAGCAAAUCAAAUUAUUUUUGAUUUUGUAAAUUAGAAAUUAAAAUGAUUAUAUAUUAGCUUCUAACUUUAAAUUUUUAAACCUAUGAUGUAUUCAAAGUCUUCUGUUCUUCAUAUGUGGUUUAUCUGAGUUUCAGCUCCUUUUGUAGUUUAACAACCAUGUAAUAAAAUGAAAUAAUGUCUGCUGAAAUAAAUGAUUUAUGUUGUACCUCUGAUAACUCGCCCCAGCUGAAAGCUUAAAAAGACCGUUUACAGUAAACCGCUGCAGUGAAAGUUGAGUUUCACUGUAUUUCUAUCCAUGGUCACGGUGAUGUCAAGUCUUUUUUGCAUUAAAUCUGAUGGUGGUCAAAUUUGAGAUUAGAUUCAGUUUGAUAAAAGUCCAUUUAAUCACUGUCCUCUGUUUCUGCACAGUUCUGCCAAGCCUGAUGGAUCGACUGGGAGACGCCAAGGACCAAGUACGAGACCAGGACCAAGCUCUUCUGCUGAAGAUUAUGGACCAAGCUGCCAACCCUCAGGUACACAAAACCCAAAAUACAAGCACAUUCAGCCCAGUUUGCGUGGUGUCUAAUACAGUACGACAAAAUAACGUUCAAGCUCCAACAGAGGAUCCCUCAAAAUCUUUACUGAAUUCCCCUUAGUGAAAAAAAUAGUCAAAAUCUGAAGGAUGCUCACCAAGAGUUCAUGUUCUUGUGCCUUUCUGUUGUUUUCAGUAUGUUUGGGAGCGAAUGAUGGGAGGUUUCAAACACAAAAAUAACCGGACCAGAGAGGGCCUCUGCCUUUGUCUCAUCUCAACACUAAAUGUGUGAGUAAUAAAAACUCCUGUGUUUGUGUUUUUAUGUUUUAUCUCAUCAUAUUAUGCCCAGAUGAACCUGUCCGGACUAUUAUACUUAAUAUUCUGUUUUUUUCAGGUUUGGAUCUCAGAGUCUGACUCUUAGUAAAAUUGUUCCUCACAUCUGUAACCUCCUUGGCGAUCCCACAAGUCAGGUAGGACUUUCCUCUUCACUCUUGGAAUGAAACGCUGUCUUUGACCGCCCUCUGCUGGUCAAAUAUAAACAAUACAACUCAUGACUGUGAAGUUGGGCCUUUCAGACACAAGCCAGGGUUUCUCUGCUCGGACAUCUUUUCUAAACUCUAAACUAAACUUUUUUCUUUUGUAAAUUAAAAGCGUAAUGAUAACUCUCAGAGGAAAAAAGCUUUAGACGUUGUUAGACACAUGAUUGGACCCAUGAUUGGACCCAUGACCCAGCAGUACGGGUUUUACAGACGACUCAUCUCCCCUGCUGUGUGUGAGUUGGUGUCUCCAGAUUGGCUACAAGGGUCUGUCAUCACCGGAGCCACACUUCCUCAGGAGGACAGGAAGCUGUGCCCUUGAAUUUCCUUUCCUGACCCCAAACACUCUUUCACGUGUGCACUGCCGCAUUUAUCGAGGUUAUGAACCAGCAUCACUGAAAUGAUGAGUGUGCUCUGCAGGAGCAGCUGGAAACACACAGAAAUAUGAUUGUGGUCAUAAAGAGACAUGACUAACACAAUACUUAUUUAAAGAUUUUUUGGUUUUUCUACAUCCAAACAUACAAUAAAGUUUCAGAGAUAGUAAAGAAGAUGACUGAUUUAGUUGUCAAUUAAGAGCAUCAUAGGAGUGUACUUAAAUUCAGACAAAUCAAUGAAAAAUAUCUGUAUUUUUAUCUUUUCUUAUCUGAGAGAUUCACCUGCUAAAAACUUGUCAACCUUGAAUCGAUGACUGUUUGAUGUGACGUUGUUAUGUGUGACAUCAAGACAAGAAGUACCAGAGUGAGUAUUAAUUCUUCACGGCUUCUUGUAGGUGCGCGAUGGAGCGAUGAACUGCCUGGUGGAGAUCUACCGUCAUGUCGGGGAACGCGUGAGAAUCGACCUGGGGAAGAAGGGUCUCCCUCAGUCACGGUACGCUCAAAGGAUCUCUGUAUAGACCAGAUUAUCAACAAACUGUGAAUUUUUACUGAUUAUUUAACUCGCCUCUAAUAUUUCUUAAUUUCUGUGAAAGAGUCAAAGAAAGCAAGUCGUCCCACUCGUUCCAUAUUUUUGCCUGCAUGCAUUAAGAGCGACAAGAUGGCCUAUUGAACUGCUCUGUAUGGAAACUGAAAUUAUCCACUUCUCUUUUCAGAGGAUCAGCUGCAGACUUUUAGGCUGUUUCCUCUUAUAAAUCUGCUGCUUUUUCCUUCAUGUCUCAACGUACUAAUUUUCUGCCCCCUUUCUUCCUCUCUCCCGUUGUCAAGGCUCAACGUCAUCUUUAGUAAAUUUGAUGAAGUUCAGAGGUCGGGGAACAUGGUCCUGUCUCCACUGUCAGGUAAGAAUAUGUCUUAAAGAUCUAAACACAGGCAGACAUUAUGAGCUUGGUUCCUGCUGUCAUUUCAGCCUUUUUUUGGUUUGGUAUCUCAGUGUUUGUGGUCGAUGGAGGACUGUGUUUACAUCCUGGACUGGAAGAGGUGGAUGGGAAGUGCCCUUGAAACCUUAUUUUAAUCCCUUUUGUGCAUCUUGAACUCUAAAUCUAUUGGUUUAAAAUGUUGAGUACAAAGAGUUGAACAGAAAUAGCUCACAUGAAGCUUCAGAGAAUAUCACAUCCCUUGUUAUUAGAUUGAAUUAAGUUUAGCACUAAAUCUCGGUUUAGCUGUUUUUCAUCUUGAACUUCUUGUCUGUUCGGGCAAAUCUGACAGAGCUAAUCUUUGUGGUAACGAGUCUCAACUUUCAUCUCAGCGGGCUUAAAUAUAAAAAGACACGACCACCUCCCUCUGAGAAAACAACAGGAAUUUGUCACUGAGAUAAUCUGACAUGAAGGGAGGAGCUUCACUGUGGAGUGUUUUUGUUUUUGUCAUUAAUCACACCGCCAGAACACGGACUGCAGAGCCGCUCUUGCACACGGUUUACAGUUUAUGGUUGCUCAGAUUAUAAUUGAAUAAUUUUUUGCUGAAGAUAUUCUGAAUGAACACAGAGUCAGUGGACGAGUUGAUCGGAUUUGUGGUUGUUGUUGGAGGAGCAGAACUGAGUAUUAGCAUUUCAAUAUGAGAAGAAGAACAGUUCAUGUGAGUCCUCAACAAACUAAAAACACAGAAGAGAAACUGAAAGAAUAGAGAACACAGCCUCCUCAUUUCAGCAGUCCAGGGCUUUUAUUUUGGAGGAGGAGUGGUGUCAGCUGUCGUCCUCACAGUCAUAAGACCAGUUUGGAGGGAGGAAGCAGGACGGGCAGCAGUGCAUCAGCAGGUCUGCGUCUCCGACUGUAGACCCACAGGAGAGUUGAGUCUCUGCAGGUAAACUUGUCUCUUACAUGAAGAAUCCUAGAACAGGUUUAGUAAACGGAUGAAACGGUUCUUUGAGUCUCUGAGUCUGUGUGGUGUUUGAAAGAACAGGUUUGACAGGACUCUGUGUGGACCUUUGUGCUGAGGAGUCCUGUUAAUUACGCUGGGAUCAGGAUUGUGUGCUGAAGCUCAGUGAUGCGUGUUAUCUCCAUGUUCUGCUGUGUUGUUGUCCAGUUAAAUAAUUGAAGUUAUGUUUGUGGGAAUGUUGGUGAUAAUUUCUGGAACACAGUCUGAGAAACACGGCUGUUUGGACUUUUGAUUAUUUACUCCCUGAGUUCUCGUCAGUGCUGCUGUUUUUUCUGUGUUUCAAAUCAUUGUUUUGAUGUUUAGAGGAAUUAUCAAAAGUGUUGAUAACUUUCUUUAAAUGGCUUUUACAUUGAAUUCCAGAUAAACAACAAUGCAACUCAUGGUUUAUUUUUGAACACUAGAUAGCAGUGUUGUCGUCUGUUUUUAUCUCUUUUAAUAUACUGUGGCUUUCAAACUUAAGCUUCUACCAUUUUGUGAAGUUUGUCUUCAUACAACAACUUGGUCAAAAAGUGAAAUCAAGAAACUGUUUUUCCAAAUCUGUAGCAGGAACAACCGUUUAAUGUCACAGAUUGAAUCAUUCCUGGAAUAAAACAUGACAAGCUUCACCCUCAUUUAUGAAGAACUCCUCUCCUCGCUUUGCCAAACUGUUGAAAAGCUCCAAAACUUAAUCUGCGCUCUCUUUAUUAUUUUUCUGACCACCAUCUUUUGAUGUUAAAUUCAUUUUGAUAAACCACAAAGCCGUCUGAGUGCGUCACACAGCCGCAAGAGGUCUUGCAGAGAGAUGUUGAGCAACAAAGACAGCAGGACUUGGGUUGCACAGGUGAAAACCUCCUGAAUAAUGAACAGUGUGAAGAGAGACAGUCCACCAUGACUGCUGUUCAGACACACAAAAGGAUUCAUUUUGUACUCGUCUUUUUCGUUUUGCUUACAUAUUUUCCUUAAAAACACUAAAAAUAUUUCUAUGGACUCUUCCAGCAACACAACAGGAAGGUUCCUCUCCACAGACUGAAGGAGACCAAACAGGAAAAAGGGAGGGAGGGUUGACGAAUCACAAGAUCCAAAACUGUCGAUCCUUGUUUUUGUUUUAGUCAAGAAUCCAAGCUGCUCUCAGUUGGAUCAGAAUGAAUUUAAGCUUCGUUUUUAUUCAUCAGGAUUUUUAAUGGUCUUCCGUUUAUCUUGGGAAACAGAUGAGAAAGCUGCACAUUUAACCACCAGUCAUGAUCACUUGGUCUCCUCCUGUGUAACUCUAUCCUCUCACCUGUGGAUUUGCUCAGUAUGAAUGCAUUUUAAUCUGCUGAGAAAGUUAUGAAUGAAGCCUGAUAAUUCUGUGGGAACGAACCUCCCACUGUUGUUCCAGCUGGAUGUCAUGUGCAGGAGAAUAGCAGGGGUGUUCCCUGCUUCAUUCACUCGGUGAUAACAAAGCUGAACAAUGAUUCUUUUUGAUACGAUCGUCGUUUUGAACAUUCAGAGUAGAGAAAGUGAUUAAAAUAAUCCGCACUUUGUGUUUUUAAGGAUGAAUAAGAGUAAACUGCUGCUGUAGAGCGACUCAAAAGAAGGUGAUUUGACUGAUUACUGAUCUUCUCAUGCUUAAACUCGGCUCUCCCACGCUCCCUCGGUUCUCCCCUUCUUUAGUGACGCAACAUCUUGCACCUCUGAAGGCCUCACCUCUCUUUGGUCAUUUUUUGAAUUUGCUCUGAGGGGAUCAGCUGUCAGAUUCCAUCAGGCUGUGAACUGACAAAGAUUCAGAGACGCUGCCAGGAGGAAAACUUAUGACCGAGGUUCCGGAGAGGGCUUAGUCUGUGGCGGUCCAAGAGUUACAAUUACAUUCAUUUGUCGCCAUCCAUCAUCAUUUUCACACUCUGUUCUGCUCUGCUCUGUUCACGCUUCAAAUGUAGAAAUCUGCUCGACAAACUGGUGUAACGAAAGUGAAACAUAUGAGAAUAACCAAAGCAUCAUGGGAAAUGUAGGAUAUGGUAGGUUUGGGAUGGGUUUUAAUAAUUUUUAAAGAUUUAAAGACAACAAUCAGAUAUUACUCUUUUGACUGAACUAUUUCAGUCGAUUAAAUCUGUUUAUUCUUUUCAAUAUUAGUCGAGUUUUUUUAUGAUUAUAAUCAGGAUUACUGGGAUCAAACUCCCCCACAGGAUAAAUUAAGUUUUUUGAUUCUGAUUACUUUAAACAUAGUAACUGAAAAAUUACACAAUUUUCCCUGUGAUGAGAGAUUCAAGAGUUAAAUCAAGGCUGUAUUAUUAAGAGCAGGUAGAAGAUAUAUCAAAUAGUGGGGGUGCGACAAAAAAUCAAUUCACAGAAGAAUCGCGAUUCUAAUUUACUACGAUUCAGAAUCUAUUUAAAAUGUCCCAAAAGCCUGUCCGCCUCCAUUUUAGAACUACACUGGACGUCCUGACGUCGUCACGCAGCUGGUUCUGGAACGCAUGCAUGCGCAGAAGCCACCAAAACAAAGAGGGAAAUACAAUGAUAGAGGAAAAGGAGAUCCAGCCAGCUCCGUCUUCACUAAAAGCUAAAGACGCAUGCAGUGUGCCGACAUUGUAAAACUAGAAUCAAGCAUUUCGGCAAAACAACAAAAGACACUUUAAUGUCUUUCACAGCAGAUGGGAGUAGAUCGUGAUCAGAAAUCAGGUCAGAAAUCAUUAUGAAUAAAAUCGUUUUGAAUCGAAAAUCAAUUUUAAAUCGAAUCGUGGCUCCAAAAAUCGGAAUCGAAUCGAAUCGUGAGACAGUAAAAGAUUCCCACCCCUAUCAAAUCGUCCUACAGAGGCCACGUCUUAAAGUCCUGGUUUUGAUGUGACCAACAGUCUAAAUCCUGAACAUACAGCUGCACAAUGUCCUGAAAAGAAGAUCUAUUUAUGUGUUUAUUGCAAAUGUCAUCAUGAAAAUGACGAUACACCGUGCAACUUUCAUAUUUAGGAUGCAGGAACCAGUCAGAAAUUAUUAAUCAAUAAUCAUAAUCAUAAAAAUAUUCUCCUGCUCUGAGAUUAGCAGAUUAAUUGAUCAAUCAUUACAUUUCCAGUUGAGACAAAUUCAAAGAUCACUCUAAUGCCCCCAAAAGUCGAGGUGUGGUCCGUGAGGAAAAGGAAAACAGUACAGAAGAGAAUUCUGGGAAAGAUCCUGGUGUCGCUUUGAGUUUUCUCUCUGUUUUAAUCUCUGAGUUGUCGUGACCUUGCUGUGACAGUAUCACUCAGUGACGGACGUUAACAGUGACCAAGGAGCAGCUUCCUCUGGAGGUGUCACUCCAUCCCUCCCUCUUCCUCCUCCUCUCCUGUGUCAUGAUGACACUUUAGCUGUCACUCAUCUUUGACUCCGCCCACCAGCUCCGCCUCCACACAGAGCGCCGGGGUUUGUCCCCUGACCGACCCAUCCCUUCUCCUCUCAUUGGUCAGAUCCUUCCAUCCUUUCCUUCAUCACUUCUCUCCAUCCCCUCCCUUUCGCUUCCUCCUUCCUGCUCCUGAUGGUGCGUGUAUGUUUGCGUGCAUGUGUGUGCGUGUUUGACUAAACUGAACCAGAGGACAGACACGGAGAGGAAGAUCGAAGCACAUGCUCCCUGACAGGGGAGGGAGGAGGCUCGCAGUUAGAUUCCCCUCCUUCCUCCCCUCUUGUCUCUCCUCAGCAGGCGGAAAAGAUGUGAGAACCUCAGAGGACCGGAGGACCACCUGACUGUCUCACUGUCUGUCUGUCUGUCUGUCCACCAACAUGCUGAGGAAACUGGUCUGCAGGCGGAUCUGCUCCUGUAAGCUGCUGCUGCUCUUGCUCUUGCUCUAGAUGCAGAGACGGUUUAGUUACAUCUGGCAGAGGGGAGAAAGAGGAGGUUAUUAUCAGUGCGGGCGACAGGAGCUCAAUGGCAAGAGAAGAAAGAAGGGAGGAGGGAAGAGGAGGAGGAGGGAGGAGGGGGGAAGCCUGGUGUGACGAUGGCUGUAAAUCCAGCAGGAAUGUGUUUGUGGCGUCUUGAAUGUAAACACAGCAGGAUGGUUUCUUGGCCUACUUGAAGCUUGAACAAUGCAGAGGACAUUAGCAGCCUGGAUGUCUCUGAGCAAAGUUAAGGUCAGACGGCAGGAACAGCUGCAUGCUUUAAAACGGGGAUGAAGUUUGUCUGUCUUUCCUGCCCAUGUGUUGUAAUGUGUUUCAGCUGGUUUUGAGUGUGAUUUGCUGUCCAGAUGGUGAAAAAUGUAAAAAUUCCCUGAGGAGAUGUUAGAACUUCAAAAUGAAAAUGUAAGUGCAUCACUGAAAUGAAUUAAAUCAUUUCUCUUAUAUAAUUUUGGGGUCAAGAUGGCUGAAGGGUAAUAAAUUUCUGUUUGAGCCGGCAGCACAGAUGAUUGUAACGCUAUCCGACUCGUUACAAACACAAUUACGCAACUCUGACGAGAUAAAAUACCUUUAACAACCAUGGCUUUGAGAAGACUGAUGAAACAGCUGCUUUUGUUUCCAGAAGAGCUUCAGCUUCUUUAUCUCUACAGGAAUCCUUUCUGUUAACAUUCAGAGCCUGAAACCAACAGAAACUUCAGUGGAUGUUCUUUUACUGGACUCAUUUUUGUCCUCACAAGAGCGAGAGUCGGCUCGAGUAUUUUAAAACAAAUAAAGAAAUGUCAAAAGCUAUCUGGUCCAACUACAGAUCAUGAUAUUUGAACUGUUCCUGUAGACGAGAGAAUUGAAAAUGCAAAAGAAGUCAGAGUUUUUUCUUCCUGCAAAUAGUCACGUGUGUUUUUUACUCAGUUAUUGCUUUUAGCAUUAAAACAUGUGAUUCAGGAUAUUCCACAGGGGUUUCCUCUUGAACUCGCACCAUCCUUUAUUUCUCCUUGAGUCCCCUGACGUUAAAGUCAACAUAUUCAACCUCAGGUGACGGGUGUGUUUUUCCUGCACAAACACACAGUCACCUUGUGUUGAUAUUAAAGGUGUUGCAUCCUUCUUGCAACGAGGAAAAACUGCAGCCUGAUGCACAUGACUGAUGUGCUGGCUGAGUGCCCUACCGCUGGUGUGUGUCUGUGUGUGUGUGUGUGUGUUUGUGUGUGUGUUUGUGAAAACUUUGAAUAAUGAAGGAGGAUUGAUUGCUUGUUGUGCAGAUUCCUGUGCCGGGGUCUCACGUGACCCUCAGGAGAGGGCUGCGCCUCCAUUGUUGUAGUUAUUGACUCAGAAAUGAAAGUAUGAUAGGUGGUCUCUCUCUGUGAGAUGGGGAAGAGAACAAUUGUUGGUCUUUUAUUGAUCGGUAGGAAAUAAACUAGUUGAACUGGAUUAUUUCUGGGUGUGUGUCCAGAUAUCAGAAGUGUUGUGAGCAUUUUUCACGAGGUUUUGUCCGGAGUCUUCUGGCUGAUUAUUUAUCUAAUUGGCAGAAUUAAAAGGUAGAGGGAGUUCGCCUAAAACUAUUCACUACAAAAAAUUAUUUUCAACAUAAUGACACUAGUCCUCCUUUUUUACACAUUUCAGUAGGGUUGCAAAAUUGAGGGAAUUUUCAAAGUUGGAAACUUUCCAUGAGAAUUAAUAGGUGCUAAGUAUAAGUUAUUUUUCAUUUCAUUGACCAUUUAAGGGUCUAGCUUAUUAUGGUGGUGGUAGCGACCUCAAAUGUGAUGCUGUUUCUUCAGACCCCUGACAGACGGUUUUCUGUAACCAAACAAUCAUUUAUACAUCAAUUAUCAAAUAUUUUGAAGACCAUUCCAGUUAUUUAGCCAACUAUAUUUCUGUUCAUGCCAUUAAUUGUAUUAUUUUUCAUGCAUGCCUGCAAUGACAAAACAAAACAAUUUACAUUUCUGUUCAGAUGUGAUAAAGUUUGUUUAAAUUACCCUUGAUUUCCAGUUAAUUCCCAUAAUUUCCAUAAUUCCCAUGGAAAAUUUCUGGAAAUUUACCUGAAAUUUCCCACCCCUUUGCAGCCCUACAUUUCAGUAAUUCCCGUUCUCUCUGGUUUCUUGAAUUAUUCACUGGAUUGUGUCGGAAUCGUUGGCCGUGUAGAGAAUGAGUUAAAAUCAUGACUACAUUGUGUGUUGCUUCGACAAAGUUGUGUUUUCAUUUUUUCGAUCUGUGUUUUGUCCUCCUGCGGUUCCUCUGGGUUUCUCUCCGCUCAUUUAUUGUUGGUUACUCUGACACUUCUCGUCGUCACCAGCCUUUUCUGUUGCUGAUGUAGGAAUGUGAGUAAUGCCGUUCCGUCGUCCACUCAGGACUCCCUCUGCCCGCCGCUCCACAUUGCUGAGAUGCUCGACAUCGAUGAUUUCUUUGUGCUGUGUGAGUGAACUGAAGACUCGUUGUUCGUUUUUCUUCCCUUCCUCCUCCAGACAAAAACUUUGAGGACGAUGACUCGGUGGACGGAGGCCGUUCCUCGUCCUCAUCCAAAGGAGCGUCACUGUCCGGGAGGAAGGCGGUGAGCAUGGGGUCAUUUCGGCGCCCCGCCUCUGCCUCCAGUGCCAAGUCUGCAGGUCAGAGUUGAAACCACUGCCAAGUCAAAUACAUUUAUAGAUGUCUAUCUGCUUAUUUCGCCCUGUUCGCUGUCUGUAUCACAGUCUGAGGAUAAGAUGAUGAAGUUAUGAUGAUAGGAAACUAAAUCAAACAUCUCAGCUCUUACACAAAUCAUAAUUUUUUUUACCAUGCUCUUUUCUUUUAUUUAAACUUUGUCCUGGUUUGUCUCACUGUUAACCAUCAUAUGGCUUUGAUUAUUCUGUCCUCCGCUGAAUACAAAUCCACAUUUUUGUAGUGAAUAAAACAUCAAGUCUGAGAGAAAAAGGAAAUUUAAAAAAGUGCAGGAUGUGCUCUUAUUUCCCACGGCAUUUCCUCUCCGUCCAAACAUCACAUGAGGGUUUUGUUUUGUUUUUUUUUGGUUUUGGUUUUGUUUAAUUUCAGUGCCAGUGUUUCCUCUCUUUUACAUCAGUUUUUAAAAACAAACACUUUUCCGCCUCAAUUGUCUCAUGUUUUAGGGAGGGAUGGGUCAGGUGCUGGAGCUGGAGCUGUGGAUGAAGAAGACUUCAUUCAGGCCUUCGAGGAUGUUCCCACAGUGCAGGUACAGGGUCGUGUUUAUUCCACAUGACACUUUAUUUUUCUGUAAAGUGCCCUACUUGUACAAAGGCCUGCAUUGAGAGCUGUAGAAUAUUUCUUCUGUUAUCCACUCUGUCUUCAUCUCUCUUCUUUCCUUCAUCAGAUCUACUCAAACAGGGAGGUGGAGGAGGCCAUGACAAAGAUCCGAGAUGUGCUGUCCGAUGAUAAGAGAGACUGGGAGCUCAGAGUGGCAGCUGUAAGACCUCCUGACCCCUCUGAUAUCAGAGCUUGAGGAUCCGUCAGGAGGACAGUUUGAUGUUGAUCACCUUCUCUCUCUGCUCCCACAGCUGAAAAAGAUGCGUUCGCUGCUCCUCGCCGGUGCGGCAGAGUUUGAUGGGUUUCCUCAGCAGCUGCGGCUCAUGGAGGCGGCGUUCAAACUGUCCGCCAAAGACCUACGCUCUCAGGUGGUGAGAGAGGCCUGCAUCACACUGGGGUAAGGUCGUCUUGAGGUUACAGCGCUCUGUUAAAGUCUGUUACACGAGAUCGUCUUCUUAUUGUUGUGCAUGUUUUAGAGUGUUCAUUUCUUACCUGUUUCUGAUCUCUUGUCACCAGUCACCUGUCGUCGGUGCUCGGCAGUCGGUUUGACCACGCAGCGGAGGCCACCAUGCCCAUCCUCCUCAACCUAGUUCCCAACAGUGCCAAAGUCAUGGCCACGUCCGGCAUGGCCGCCAUCCGUCUCAUCCUCAGAGUGCGGGUUAUCUUUAUUAUAUGAUGUCUGUGGUCAUUGUUCGCUGAUAUAUUACUUGAUAAGAAAGCGCUACUUUAAAUAUUACUGGUCAGAAUUUUCAAAAUCUGUUGUUACCAGACUUGGCAAAUUCAAAGUUUUAAGAACAAAAAAAAUAAAGCGGUUUAUACUACACUGUGUUAAUCUCUGUGAAAUUAAAGUUCUGUGUCACAGAGAUGAAUUUUAGAUUAUUAAAUUGUUUUUUGUUUGUUUGUUUUUUUUCUGCAGCACACACACUACCCUCGUCUCAUCCCCAUCAUCACCAGCAACUGUACCUCUAAAUCUGUGGCUGUCAGAAGGUGAAAAAAAAGUCUUUUUAAUUAUGUUUAUUGUUUUUAUAAUUUUGAUUUUAUAUGUGCUUUGUUUACUCUUUAUCGCACUUAAUUGUUCUCAUGCAGUGCAUCUAGAUAUUGUAAUUAUGUACUAAUUAGGUCAGUUAGACUGAUUCUUGUGUUUGCAUCAUGGUUCAAAUGAGAGAUUUCUCUGUAUUGCUUCUUUUUUGUGAAUCUUAUUUAUUUGUUCAAGGUGUCCAAAUGUCAGAGAAAGGUUCUGAAGUUAAAAAAGCUGAUGACCCGAUUGGACUUUAUUAAAAUGUUUUUCUUGUCUUGUGCAGACGCUGUUAUGAGUUCUUGGACCUGAUGCUGCAGGAAUGGCAGACCAGCUCUUUGGAGAGGUGAGGAGGAGAUCUCAUUAUCCAGACAGAAAUUUGAUCUGCAGGAUCGAGGCACAAAAAUCACAUCAAGUAAAUAAAAAGAAACACAGAAAUAUUCAUGACCCAAACAAGGAUACUCCUCCUCAACUGAAUCAGAGUAAAGUACAUCUUAAGGUCACAUAGCGAUGUUUCAAAAACAUGCUUUUGAUUGUUUAUGUAGGAAAAAGUAAAACUAAAAUGUUAUGAAUGUAAUUAGUUUAUAUUUGUACUCAAAGAAAAAGGUGACACCGGCUCGUGAGUGGUUUGAAGCACAACACGCUGCUCCGUGAAGAAAUGUGACACCGGCAGAGUCAAGGGCUUUCUCAGCAGUUUCCAUGGCGAUACCAGAGGAGGGGGGUGGAUUUCUGUCUGCCUCCAAAAGCUUCUUUGUGUCUCUGGCUGCUUCCUGCCCCUGCCGCCAGGGAGAAACCUGAGCUGACCCCGGUAUACCAGGGGAGCUCUCCGGUUCUUAUUGAUCCGUCAGUCAGUGUGUGUGUGUGUGAGAGACAGUGAGAGAGGUUCUGGUUCUGUUCGUAUAAAUUAACUGAGUGAAAAGUUAGAACCAGUUUUAAAAAAGGAGGACUUUUCUUAGAUGAAUUACAUCAGAAACUGCUGUGAAAUAACAAAUUAGAACAAUUUGAUGACGUGUCAUGGCUGGAUGGGCAUUGUGCUUGAACUUUUGUUUUCUCUGAACUGACAUGGACCUGAUUUUUACCAGAAUUCGUACAUUUUAUCGGUCAAAGUUCUGGUGCUGUUGCUUGAGCAGUGUUGCUUGUCCAUACUCAGCAGAAACGAUGACAUGAAAACUUGAGGUUCUGAUUUUAAAGAGCUUUAAAAGCUUGAAGGGGAAGUUCAACCAAUGAAGUCCAGACGGCAGAGCAGAUGGGACUCUAUGACUCAUACAGAGUUGAAAGGUCACUAAUGCUGUGUUCAUUUCGUUCAGCGUGGACCACAUGGUACUCAGUUCUGUGAUGGCAGAGUUCGUCAUCUUUGUCGUAACGCUGCGUAUCGUCUCUUUUUCCCUCUUAGACAUUCAACAGUUUUAAUGGAGACCAUCAAGAAAGGAGUUCAUGAUGCAGAUGCUGAGGCUCGCUCUGUGGCUAGAAAGUAAGUCACAUCUAAUCCUAAAAUCAGCGCCUGACUCCGACAUCAGAAAUGCUCCAACGCUCUUGUGCGAUUUUCCUCUGGCUCGCCGUCGCAGGUGUUAUUGGGGUUUCCACGGUCACUUCAGACGAGAGGCAGAGCAGCUGUUUCAGGGUCUGGAGUCGUCCUAUCAGAAAGCUCUACAGGCUCACCUGAGGAGCGGAGACAGCCUGAUGUCACUGCCCGCCUCAGACCGCUCCUCCUCAUCCUCACAGGAAAGCCUCAAGUAGGACUGUUUUCUUCUCUUAUUGAUUCAGUUAUUGAUGACGGGAAAUCAAAGAAGUGUCAUUUUUAGAGGAUUAGUUUUCAGUUUUUUUGUUUGGACAUUAGAGACACAAAUUCAGAAUAUUCCUUCAAUAUAUUGCCUCAAACCAUUUUAGGGAAAAUAAGCUUUUUCUCUACAGAUAAAAUGUUUAAAGUUAAUUUGUCUUGAGCCGGUUUCACUCUGUGUGUUUCAGUAACAUCAAACUAAUGAGGAGUUCUGUUUCUGACCUGCUUUCUGUCUCCACAGUCGACCCCUGUCUGUAAAAAGCACCCUUGGGAGUGGGUCAACACGAUGUAAGGACUCAUCAUCCUGUUUUUACUCAAUAUACUCUCAUUUGAAAACAGUUUUUUUUCCAUAUAAAGCAUAAUCAAUAUACGACCAAGUAUGAGGGCCACACUAAGAACAUCAAGAACAUUAUAAGACUUUGUAAUUACUUACUUCUCGUAGGAAAUGAUUUUAUUACGACUUUAUUCUUGUAAGUAAUGAUUUAAUCUUGAUGUCUUAAAUUUACACCGUCGUAUUAAUUUAACAGAGUAAGAUUCAAAUUUCAUGAAAUAAAGAAAUGAACUUGGUAGAAACAAUCUAAAGAAAACAAACAAAGACAUGGGUUAAACCUGCAUAAAAAUGAAAUAUAAAAGACGUCAGAGGAAAGAAAGUUUCCGCACUCUUCAUCCUUUCUGUUGCUCCUCCUCCUCCAGCCAAAGCUGCUCACACCCGGACGCCUGCCGCAGCCUCGUCUCCUGGCUCUCUCCAGCGUUCUCGUAGCGAUGUGGACGUCAACGCGGCGGCCACGGCGACUGCCCGAACCAGGAUGCCCGCCGUGCCCUCGGCGGUGACAUCUUCACCCUUCAGCUCCGCAUCGGCUCUCCCCCCCGGGUCCUACGCUUCACUGGGUAAGACAGACAGACAGAGCACUCUGGUCUUCUUCUCAUGCAUGGGUGUGGGGAAUGGUUGAAAACAGCUGGAACUCAUUUGCUUUUGGCUGUAAACAUGAAAUAAUCUUGCAUGUUUGUUAAAAUCAGCAGGAAAGAAGAUGGAGGUUCAAACAUUUUUAUUUUACCCCAUAAUUAGACUCACAGAAGUUGUAGACAGAUGAGGUUCGGGUCUUUACAUCAUCUUAAAGAUCAUCAUCACAGACAUGUUGCUUUAAAUGUCAUUUUUAUUGUGUAUUUUACACCAAGGACACAUUUAUAUCUUUUCUACAACACAGUAUGAUUAUGAAAUAUCAAGAGACUCUCCAGAUUCGCAUGUUUAAGCGCUCCAAUUCCAAUCACAGCGCUCCCUGGUUUGCCAAGCAUUCGUAAAGCUUAAUCUCUUGACCCUUGACCCUUGUUGUGUCCCCUCUGACUCUCCCGCCUGUCAGACGGCUCGUGGUCUGUUAACGCAGACGGUAAGCUGUGUGUGUGUCUCAGUGUUUGGACAGGGGAAUGAUGUUCUUCCUCCAUGCCUCCUCCUCGGUGUGUCUUUGCCCCCCAUCAGCUCUGUCGUGCUGCUCAUGUGUGAUGGACCUCUCUGUGCAUGGACUGUCUCCGCAUGGUGUACCCUAACUUUUCUACUCACUUAGAAUAAGUCUGUUUGUCCGUCUUUGGAGGUUUUUAUUUUCUUCACAUUGUCAGACACUUUAGGUGGACUGUGUCAGACAUUUUUGGACUUGGAUUAAAGAAGGAAAGGCUUCAGACACGACAUCGUGCUUGUUGUUUUAGUGAACCUUUUGUAUGAAUGAUAAAGAAAUGUCUUAGAAUCAAGAAACAAGUCUUGUUCUUCUGUCUUUCAUCCCUCACUAUCCCCUGUUUCACGUCCGUCCCAUGUCCCUCUGUUUGACGAGUUCACUCUGUUUCUGCAUGACAGGAUAGGACACCAUGUUGACUCUUCAAUAAAGUGCUGUUGUAAGCCUCAGUGUCUUUUUAACCCUGAUCUGAUUUGUUGAGUAUCAGGUCACUCUUUUGCUUCGUGUCAUUGUUUUUCUGUCUGCGGUCCUCUGUCUCUGCAGGUCGAGUGCGGACCAGGAGAACAAGUUCAGGGAACGCUCCGUGUGUGACAGACAGCCGAGGGAGAAGCCGAGGGAAGGUCGUCUCACAGUCUCAGCGUAAGCAGCUGCCUCUUCCUCUCUUUGUCGUGUGUUUCUGCUUUUUGUGUCAAGAGGCAUAAAAAACAACCUGAAAUUAAAAGAAAACAUGUUAUUUUUUUAAACAUAACCAAAGAGUAAUAAAUGAACUUUAGUAACAGACUUCCUCGUCUGUUUCAGCUGGCAGCAGAUCAGGCUCUCCAGGCCGACUACUCAGCACCACAUAUGGCCGAAUCCCGAGGCCAACCAUGGGCACCGCUGCCGCCGCAGUGAGCAGCACCUCCAGCAGCCUCGCAGACAAAAGCCGGCCCCGGGGCCACCGCAGUCAGGGCUGCAGCCGAGAGACCAGCCCCACCAGAUCGGGGACAGGUAAGGGAAAACAUUUAUGUGAGUUCUUUUGAUUUUACAGGUUUAGAGGUUAGAAUUACACACUAAUAUCCUUCCUCACUGAGAGGCUGAUGUCUUCAGGUUUGCCUUAAAUCUUCAUAUUUGACUUUUUAAAGCCAAAAUUUCACAUUAUUAGCUUUUCUUUUUGAUUAAAACUAUAAAAAAGAUGUGAACAGCAGACCAGAAUAGUGAUUUUGUCUUUUUAAUGUUUGUUGUUACAAAAUGGUGAAAUGGGAUAAAUAUUCAUACACGUCUGUGAGUUUAUUUCAUACAGAGGUACAGUCUUCAGCUCUCUUUGGCCUCGUUUUCAGUCAGAAAGGGUUUCCGCACAGAUCUGCAUGUACACCCCCACUUUAAAACGACUUUAUUCCUCUUACCUGUUUCCUCUUCUUCUCACUAAACCUGUGCCUACCUCCUCCCUGAGUUUGACUCUACCUUCUCUCCUCCCUCGACUAACCAUCUCUGCAGAGCUCCAGGUGUAUCCGUGUCUGGCUGAAUGUGCUAUAAGCUAAACUCCUCCUCUUGCGCUGCUGUCUGUCUCUCUGUCUCUCUGUCUCUCUGUCUGUCUGUGUGUUUCUCGAUCGCGCACCUUUAGCCCGCAGCCGAAUCCCCCGACCGAGCAUGAGUCAGGGCUGCAGCCGCGAAACCAGUCGCGAGAGCAGCCGCGACACCAGCCCUGCCAGGGGUUUCUCCCCCCUGGGUGAGUAUGCUGAUGAGGCCCCCAAAAACCUCCCAUUUCAGAAGUCGAAUCAUUGAAGAGGAAAGGGGAAUGAAGGGAUAACUGCAUGAGAAUCAGUUACAGAAAAAUGAAAAGGAGAAAAUUUAACUUGUGAAAGCAGCUGUCUGUCUCAAUCACUGUUUGUUGUGUCUGAAUUUAUGCAUGCUUUCCCUUUAAAUUUCCAGAUUCUUUCUACUAAUCCUUUAAUUAAAAAAAUACAUCUGUGCAUAGAGCUCAAACAGAGAAACUUUUUGAAUAAAUGGUCUUUUUCAUGGUCGUAAUGAAAGCAGGUGUUGUAGUGUUUUCUCUUGAUCACCUCCGUCUUUACGCCCUCCUGCAGCGACUCGACGUCACUCCCGUUCAACCAGCGCACUCUCCUCUACGGAGUGCUACUCAGGUGACCAGAGAGGUCCUCUCAGGGAGCAGAUAGACUCUGUCAGCCAGAUAGGAUCACAUACUCAACGUUUGAUUUCUGUUUCUGUCCCUAAAAUGGUUUAAAGUUUUCCCACUCAGAGGAUUUCCUGAUCUGUUUUCUGUAGAUUUAUCUGGCUAACUGAGUCAACCUGCUUCAUGAAGCCUCUUUUUUGCAUGGCUCAAAGUCCACUUCUCUGUGCAGAGUCUAACUGAAAGUGUGGGGAAAUAUUUCAGCAUCCAAACUGUUAAUUUUUUUGUUUCUGGCUGGUUCACAAAGCAAUAAACGUCAUCCAUCCACAGGGGGGCGAUACUGGACAUCAACCUGGUCUUCACAAUUACAGAGAAAUAGAGAGCAGCAUGCAGGGAAAUAGUUUUUGCACUUUUCUUUUGCAGCUUCAUGACAAUCAUUCUGAAGCAGUUUAAUAGACGUGUUUAUUUUCUAUUUAUUGAGUUAUUCUGAUCAGAUUGACGUCUUUAUACUUUCAUGAUAUGUUUGCAUUUUGUGUUUCUUUCUGCUUCGACUGCUCUUUAGACAUCCCCAUUAACAAGUUUUUGUUGCAGCUUCUUCGCUCUUUUUUUUGGGUUGGGUUUGUUGUUCAUAUAUUGUUGUCGCCUGUCCAAACGGGUUCACCUCUUAUAAAUCUAUAAAUAUAAAUAAACAUGUUUUUUUUGGCACCAACAGGCUCAGAUUGUGAUUGAACUGUCUGAAAACAUUACAAAAAGGAUCCCCAGACUUUUUACAUAAAAGAAGAUCAGUUGUCUUUAACGAGAAACAGACCCCAGUGAUGAUAAUACAAUAAUCUAACAAACUUUAUUCUGUGAGGUUCAAGCGUUUGUGGAGAUAACCAGAGUGGACAUAAUCUACAAGAGCACUUCCAAAACUUUUCCCCUUUGAAAUCAUUCCUAAAAUUCCCUCUUUUCCAAACAGAAGCCUUACUUUAAACAACUUUACAAAUCAAAAUGAUCAGAACGUGGCUUAUGAAAGAGGUCAAGUUAACAUAAAUCAAAUUAGCAAGACGAACAAACAGACCUAACACAAUGAGACAAAGGAGAACUUCUCCAAGUUCAUCACAAAGGUGGAAAAAAAGAAGUAAAACUUAAUUAUGAAACUUUAGCCAAACCGGGAAGUGUCUUUCCUCCAUAGCCAGGUAACUCAAAGACAAAGAAAUGAGGAUGAGUUUAUCAGAAGUGUUUCUGAUUUAAACAAAGAUCCAGCACACAAAAUAAACUAAAGUCAAAUAAACUUCGUAUGUAAACUGUGAUUGACUGAGAAGUGAAACAGGAACUAGUGAGGUGAAUGUAGCUGGGACGGCAUUACUCCUGAGUAGUUUCAGCCGUCACAUGUUCAGACCCUCGCUCAUUUGUAUUUCUUUCUCUCUUAGACCGUCUGUCUCAUCAGGCUCGCAUCUCAGCUUCAGUCAACGCCAUGAGGAUCCUCAACACCGGCACUGACGUGGAGGCUGCUGUUGCUGAUGCACUGGUCAGAAUGAACGCUGAGAAAUGAUUUCACAAAUGCAAAUAUAGCUGCUUUUUUAUUAUGCAGCUGUAAAUCUGCUGUUUAUUAAUUUAUGUUCAUUUAAGAAAAACUGUUUUAUACUGAAAUGACUUAAAUCUGUAAAUCAUUUCAAUAAAUUUACACGAGAUAAAAAGAGACUUAAACUUGGAGUUCAAACAUUUUACUGUGUUUUUGUUGGGUGAUAAUUUUAUACAUACUGAUUCAAACUAACAAUGACAGUAUCUCCUACAGUAUAAAGUGUAUCAACUCAUCUUAAAUCUCCUUCCUUUGUGCAGUGAAAUAAAAAGCUAUAUAUCUCUUGAUGCCGUCAGAGCUCACACAGCCCCUUAGUAAUGUCCUCUGUCUUUUUUCAUCCAUGAUUUUGUUUACCUCAGCUUUUAGGAGACUCCAGGAGUAAGGUACCAAGAAUCUUGAACUCUUCUGUUACUGCAUGCAGAGCAUGAGCGUUUCUCAUUAACUCUUACUUUGAAACAUGGAAGAGUGAGCGGGUUGGGAUGUGUGUUAACCUGGGAUGGGGGGAUAAAAGUGGAGUAGCAUAAAAUAACUAUCACAUCAUUUUAUUACAUCAACCUGCAUGUCUCUGUAGCUGCAUGCUAGAUCUCCUCAGAUCAGUAGAUUUAGGUCUGACAGAGUCGUAGCUUCUGUGAAGUAGAUGUUCUCCUGUCUCGUCUGUGAUUUAUUAACCUUUCUUGUUCUGCUCAGCGGAGGCCGGUGAGGAGGCGUUUCGAGUCUCCAGGAAUGUACUCGGACGAUGAUGCCAACAGCGACGCCUCCAGCGCCUGCUCCGAACGCUCGUACAGCUCACGCAACGGCGGCAUGGCGCCGCACUACCUGCGCCAGACAGAGGAUGUGGCUGAGGUGCUGAACCACUGUGCCAGCGCCAACUGGUCUGAGAGGAAGGAGGGACUGCUGGGCCUGCAGAACCUGCUGAAGAGUCAGAGGAUGCUCAGGUCAGUGUCAGACGUGGAAUGUAUGAAGUUUUUGAUACAGAUGUCAGAAUCUGUUUUUGCAGCACCGAGAAUGACUAGUUGGUUUGAUGCUGUCUUAUAUUUACUCAUCAUCAAAGUCAACACAAAGAUGUAAACCUUAUCAUUUAUUUUAUGCAGAGUGGAAUUACAAUCGAAGCUAAGAUGGAAAAGUCUUUAAACUUUAUUCAUCAAUCUGUCAGAAGCAUGACGAACGCCGAAGUCCUGACCUUUUUGUUCUCUUUGUCAGCCGCGUGGAGCUGAAGAGGCUCUGUGAGAUCUUCACCAGGAUGUUUGCAGACCCUCACAGCAAGGUGAGCAGAGCACGGCAUGACUCAAACCUCAUACAGAGUUUAUUAUCAGGCAGCCUGAUGCUAAUAUUCUGUCUGUCAAACCACACUGCUGUGCACCCACACAACUCGAAGCAUCAGUCUUUUUUCAUGAUCAAAUUAUUCCCGUAGAGAGUGACAGGGUUUAAGUGAAGAAGACUUUAAGUGAAGAAGUUUAAAUGGAGCAAAUGGUCAAAGUGAAAUUCCCGCUCAGAUCGACGGACUGGUUUCACAGCUCACAUGUCGGGACUAAUAAAAUAACUGCAGAGUGAACUAACAGAGAGUGUUUCUUUGUUGCAUGCCUCCUCGCCGCUCGCUGUGGACUUUAACAAACACCAGAGAGUAAGUGUCGACUCACCCUCUCACCACAGUUGACUGUCUGCAUGUUUCACCAUGUGUUUAUAAACCGAGGUUGAAUACGAUGAAGAGUAUGAAGAGCGUCUUUCCUCUCAGGUGUUCAGUAUGUUCCUGGAGACUCUGGUGGACUUCAUCACCCUCCACCGCGACGACUUGCAGGACUGGCUGUUCGUCCUGCUCACUCAGCUGCUGAAGAAGAUGGGCGCUGACCUUCUGGGCUCCGUCCAGGCCAAAGUCCAGAAAGCCCUGGAUGUCACCAGGUCAGCAUGGAGACUAAAACUUCUGAAUUCAGAAUCUUUUUCAGUUCUUCGACUUCCAUGGCGUCUUGAAAUGUCUUCCUGUCUUUUAGUUUUUACACAUCAGACAUUAACUUUUACACUUUACGGUACUAUACAUAAAAUAUAAAGCUGGAAAACAGUCUAAAUGACCAACAAAUACUGACAUUUUUUAUAGUUUAAAUAAAUGUGAAAUACAAGUUUACGAAUUCAGCAGCCAUGGCAAACAUUUUUCAACAAAAUCAUUUCCUGCUCUUCUCUUUCCUUCGACUGUUUCUCUGCAGAGAGUCCUUCCCGUACGAGCAGCAGUUCAACAUCCUGAUGCGUUUCAUCGUCGACCAGACACAGACGCCAAACCUGAAGGUGAAGGUAGCCAUACUGCGCUAUAUCGAGGCACUGGCUCGCCAGAUGGACCCAGCUGACUUUGUCAACUCCAGCGAGACACGCCUCGCUGUCUCACGCAUCAUCACCUGGACGACCGAGCCCAAAAGCUCCGACGUCCGCAAGGUAGGAGGGCGGGAUGGCGUUGAUGCUUCCUCCACCUUCCCUUUAAACGUCUUCUGUUUUUCAUUUCUGUUCCUUUACUUGUACGUGGAGUUUGUUUGUCUUUGUUUCAUUUUUUUUGUUUUCACUUUUUUUUCCCCCCCCAUUUACCAUUUCUCGUCAACAACACCCCCAGACCCUUCAAAACUGGGCAGGGGAGGAUUUCACAGGCCGAGCCAGCACCGUGGCCUCUCUGCCUGGGGAGGGCAACCUGGAGGAGAGGUGCAAGCAGGUAGAAUCUCCACCAAUCAGCAUGACCAGAGUGUGUAACCCGCGCUAACACAGCCUGAGAACCACUCUGGGUGGAUGUGAAAACACUCCAGAUAACCUGACAGCGAGCAGGAUGUAAAGACCUCUUAACCAACCUCUCUAAAAUCAAGAGUCAUGUUUGAGGGUCAGUUUCACAAACUGUGAGCUGGCUGGUUAAUGAAGAAAUUCAUCAGCGGACGUUUCAGUGGACUCAGCUUUAAUCUGCAGAGUGUGCAUGAGCUGCUGGGAUGGAAACCUUCUUAAUUUGCAGUUUUAACCCUUCAGACUAACGAAUCAAACAUAAAACUUCUUUUCCAAUAAGUUAAUUUUUUUCAGUUUGCCUCUAACUUUUGUUUAUACAUCUUAAUUUAGAUGUAUUAUCUCAAAGACUUGAACUCCUCUGUGGCUUUUGCUGAACUUAUUUUUCAUUUGUAUUGAAUGGAAAUGCUGCAUGUUUAUUGCAACAAGUAUGCUUCUUUUAUUCUCUUAUUUAUGUUCACAGUCAGCUCUGAUUCAUUCAUAUUUGAAGAAACAAGUGGAAACUUGUUUUCUGAUUUUGUUUUUGGUCUCAUGAAUAUUGAAAGACUUUGUGAAUUUUGUAAAAGCUGGUAAGUGAUUAAUUCCCACUAAAUCAGAAAGACUAAAAUAGAAACCUGAUUGAGGUCUUGUAUUGAAGUUUUGUUUUUACAAAGUGGAUCUCAGUAUUUCUGAAAUUUUAAGCCUGAGAAUUCUUCCUUUAACUGAGCUAUAGUUUGAAAUCUGCAGUGUUAUAAAAACUAUUUUUCUUGAAAUCUCCAAAAUCCGGCAACUGGACUGUGUCGAGUUGAGCAGAUGUUUCCCCGUUUAUCCAAGAAGCUUCUUCAGUUCUGAAAUAGCUUGUGGGGGGAGCUGGUACUUUAUCUUACUGGAGGAGGGGAAAACAACGAAUGGGAGGAAUUGGAGUGAAUGAGUCGUAGAAACUUAUCUCCGGGUGAUUAUCCCGAGAGUCGUUAACCUGAGUAGGUCAUUAACUACCCCUUCCAUGUGAGGUGUUGUGGUCAUAUGGUCCCAGGUGUGAAUGUUUGUGGAGCUUCCUGGGGAGAGAGCUGAGAACUGCAUUGUAAGUGCCAGAGAGAUUGUCGUUCAGAGAGGGUUUCUCCAGUCUGGUAAAAAUGGCUUCUUUAACUCCUCUUUCAAACCAUCUGUCUUCUCUAACCAACACCUGUACAUCGCUGUCCUCGAAACAGUGACCUGUGUCCUUUAAGUGAAGGUGGACCGCUGAGUCCUGACCUGAGGAAGUGUCUCUCCUGGGUUGAGCCAUGCGCUUGUGAAGCGGUUGUUUAGUUUCCCCAAUGUACAGGUCCCAUAGCGCAUCCAUGUUUCUGUCUGUAAUGGCGCUCUCUGAAGUGGAAAUAGGUGGUGCUGAGUCCAGUAAGGAACAGAUGUGGUCCAGGGUUAGGUUAGUUCUGACCCCCAGUGUCCUGUCCUGUAAGAGACGUAGUCUUGCUGCUUUGACUGCCUCUCCUGAAAAGUGACGUGACGUCAUAGAAAACCGUGGUUUCCUCUGGGUCCGGCCUGAUGUCCUUGAUUUUCUAGACAAAUAUGGAUCAUGAAUGAGUGACGAAACAUCUUCUCAACUCUACACAGUCCAUUUUGGAGAUUUCAAGAAAAAACAUGACCUGGAUAAAUGAGAAUCUUCAUGGAUGUUACAAAAACGAAUUGACACUGGAGUAAACAGGAGUUAAAGAUGGUUGUAAAUGGUCAUUCACACACUCUUUAAUGCUCUUAAGUAUAUUGGAAUAGAAAUUUAAAGAAAAUGUUUAUUUUUCAUGUAGGUGGACUCAUCUGUUAUGGGUUUACCAAAAGUCUGGGCUGUAAAUACAUUUGAUGAACGACACCUCAAAAAAAAACUGAGGGUAACAUAAGGUCCAGUUAAAAAUUAAAAUGACGCAAUGUUUGUCUGUGUGUGUGUGUGUGUGUGUGUGUGUGUGUGUGUGCAGGCGGCCCAAGUGGUGCUGAUCGCCCUUUUUGAGCUGAACACCCCAGAGUUCACCAUGCUGCUCGGCGCUUUGCCCAAAACCUUCCAGGACGGGACCACCAAGCUGUUGCACAACCAUCUGAGGCAUGCCAGCGCCAGCAGCGGCAUUGGCAUGGUAACACUCUGAAUUGAUCAUCUUCACUGGAUCUGUAAUAAUUAGUGUUGUAUUCGCCGUCUUCAGUUCAGUCUCCAUCAUAUUGACUUUCAGGCGUCUCCCGGUAACUCCACGGGUCGGACCCCUCCUCGGCAGUCGAGCAGCCGCAGUAGCCCGCUUACAUCUCCCACCAACUGCUCCCAAGGGGGACUCUCUCCCAGGUACACAUUCAAUACAGCCUCUAAAAUCUGCUCCUCCAAUCAGCAGUCACAGCACAGAAACCAAGACACAAUACAAACAUUUACACAUUCUUAUUUCUGGUGCUCUCUCAUCAGAACGGUGUUUGUUUUUAUUGAACCGGCAGCUCAUCUCCAUCCAAAAUGAGAGAAAAACAAAGCGCUUUCUUCAGGCAGCUGAUUGAGACAGAGCAUCUUACUUUGAAUCUUUGUUUUUAGACUGUUAUCUAAUCUCAGUGCGGCACACUGUCACCAGAUUUGACAUAAACAUCCCGACAUCAACAGCUGCUCCCAAUGUUAACCAGCCAGUUCUCCAACUGCCCGUACUAACGCUGACAACAGUGCUUCUCCUUUUUCUCACAUCUCUAACUUCUCUCCUGGCUGCUCUCCUCCUCUUCCUCCUCUUCCUCCUGUUGCUCCUCCCCUCCCCUCCUUCCUCUUCCUCCCUGGCUGGUUGCAGUCGGCUCUGGGGUUGGAGUGCAGAUGGCCUCUCCAAGUUCCCCCCUUCAUCCUUCCCCUCCCCUCUUCCUCCACCCACUGCCCACUCCUCCCUCAAGGCAGUGCGGCGAGCUUACUCCCCCAGGUAACCCCUCCCCUUUGUCCUCAUUCUCAUCCUCCUCAUCCCGCUCCUCAUCCCGCUUUCACAGUUUCACAGUAUUGGCUGUUUGAUAAAACCUAAAGUCAAAUUGAUAUCAUGAUUAAUCGAGACAGACAGCUGGAGUUAGAGAUUUUGUCAUACUGUGAAACCUAAAAAUCUCUGACUCUGUAACCACUCACCUGACUCACCUGUCCUUUUGCUGCUACUGCAAUAAUUUGUGCUUCCACUGUCUCAAUCCAUCCUCCAGUUUCUGCUCAUUCUGCAUCUUUACUUUAUUGUCUUGGUGAAAAAAAAAAGAUAAAAAUCUGCGUCUCUCUGUUUGACCCUGUUAUCUCUGUGCCAGGUCAUCUAUAUGUUUGCAUGCACUGUACUGUAAUACAUUAGGGUGUGGAGAGAUGGUACCCUACAGGCUCUGACUCUCUCGUUCAGUAUGUAAAUUAAUAUUCAAUGAUUAAAAAAUGUAAAUCUGGUCAUGUCUGAUUAAUAAAUUAGAGUUUAAACCAAAGAAAAACCAGUCAAUGAUCAUCAGUCACAGGUUUGAUCCAGAGCUGUGCUGAUCCAGGUGAUCAUAUGAGCAGACUGUUUUAUCAGAGUCACUCUUGGAUCACAACCAAAACGGUUCCUUAGGUUAGGCUUACUGCCUCAAGGCUAAAACACUCAGGAUGUGUUUUUGGAGCGUGGCAGCAGCGUCAUGUAUCACGCAGCAAAGAGGUUUCAAUUCUGAUCAACGCAGCUGCUGUUGAUCAGAUGCUGCUGCUACGCUACAAAUACACUGAUCCUGUAUGUGAUACCCGAUGAUGCUCUACGGAGCAAAUACAGAACACGGAUCCUCAAUAUGGAUCUUCUCUGUUUUUGGCUUCAGUCUCUCUGAGAACUUAAAUCAAAAGGCUCGAAGAACCGUCAUCGUACUCCCACAAAUCUCUGAAAUCGAGGCUCCCCACCGUCAUUUUUGUCAACAUACGUUUACCUUUUUUGGUAACUCACUGAAUUGUUUUUGUCUUAAGAACCUCCUUCUCCCUCCUUCUCUUGCAGCAGCAUGCUGGACUACGACAGUGAAAACCUGAACUCAGAGGAGAUCUACAGCUCGCUCCGGGGUGUCACCGAAGCCAUCCAGAACUUCAGCUUCCGCAGUCAGGAAGAUCUGAUGGAGCCGCUGAGACGUGACGGAAAGAGGGACGGCAUGGUGAGGGAAAAGUCAUGACCUGUCCUAAACUUCUCAUCCCACACCUGCAUCAGACAUUUACACUUUUAUAUAUUUAUGCUUUCAGUUAUAAUGUGUCGAGUUUAAUAUAUUCUUUUGUCAAAAUUUCAAGUCCAAGAUUUCUAACAGUGAGGUUUUCUUGUUGUGUUCCAGGCCGGAGUAGGGGCUUCCUCAGACUCAGACCCCAGGCUCAGUGGUGAUGUGGGGGGAGGACGCACCGCUCUGGACAACAAGACGUCGCUGCUGAACACACCUUCCCCUCGCUCUUUCUCCGGCCCACGUUUCAGAGACUACAACCCCUACAACUACACCGACAGCAUCAGCACGCUGGACAAAGCUGCGCUCAAGGAUACGCUGUACGAGGAUGCUGUGGAGCAGCUGAGGGACGGUGAGAACUCGGAGGAAAGCAUAAGGAAAAAAAAAUACGUAGUUUGACGUUUUGUGUCUUUAUAUUGACCUGUUUUCUCCGCAGGAUCGCGACAAGAAUGUGUGGAAAACAAGAUCAUGAACCCCAAAAACUUCCCAGGUGAAGAUGUCUUCUUUUGUACCACAGACAAUCCUCUGAUUUUACCAAGAGAAAUUCUCGAAGGAUUUAGAAAGUAAUGAAUCGGGAACAGAGUGACAGAUGGGUAAAAACAGCAUCAGCUAAAGAUAAACCUUCACGAAUUUAUGGAGCUUCUUCUGAUGAGCGCUGACACUCUGAAACAUCUGCAUCUACAUCUGUUUAUCUUUGGAGUCAUAUAACACUGAGCUUCAGACUUUCCCACCAUCAUCCACACUCACUGCAGCACUCAGAGAUGUUAAUAAUGGAGAUUCAGUCACUCCCUACUCCCUCCCCAAAACUGUCACUUUUUUUAACGUAGCUGCGAGUUCUGUCGUUGACUUUUGCCCUCCUCCUGCAGCUGGUCCUGCCGAGCAGCUGGAGCUGGUGGGGGGACUCCUGAAGGAGCUAUCCCAGGGCCAGGCAGUGGAGCGGGGCCCCGAGGAGCGCCGAGGGACCCUGCUAGAGCUGCUGAAAGUGGCCCGAGAGGACAGUCUGGUGGUGUGGGAGGAACAUUUUAAGACCAUGUUACUGCUGCUGCUGGAGACACUUGGAGACAAAGAUGUAAGGAUCAAAGUUUAUUUUAGGACAAACGUUUAUUCAGACUUUAAGAAUGAUUGUUAAAGUCCUUUCUGACCAACUCCUCUCUCAGCACACAAUCCGCGCUCUGUCCCUGCGAGUCCUGAAGGAGAUCUUGAGAAAUCAGCCGGCCCGCUUUAAGAACUACGCCGAGCUCACCAUCAUGAAGACGCUGGAGGCUCAUAAAGACUCCCACAAGGAGGUGAGGGUCUUCUGGAUUACUUUGAGGCGUUUUAGUACUGCUGCGAUCGAAGACUCAUUUAUUUUCAACCCUGCAGGUGGUGCGAGCAGCUGAAGAGGCAGCAUCCACACUGGCGGGUCAUAUCCACCCCGAGCAGUGCAUCAAGGUCCUCUGUCCCAUCGUGCAGACCGCAGACUACCCCAUCAACCUGGCCGCCAUCAAGAUGCAGACAAGGGCCAUCGAACACAUCGCCAAGGAGCCGCUCCAUCACCUGCUGUCUGACAUCAUACCUGGACUCCUGCAGGUGAGGCGCUCGAUCAGAAAGUGUGAGUUUCAUGAGGUGAUCUGAAGGCUGUUUGACCGAGUUCGACCGCUCGUCUGUCGCAGGGCUACGACAACACAGAGAGCAGCGUGAGGAAGGCCAGCGUCUUCUGCCUGGUGGCCAUCUACUCUGUGAUUGGAGAGGAACUGAAGCCGUACCUGGCACAGCUAACUGGCAGCAAGGUAAACCCUCAUUUCAGCCAACAGUGAUGAUGAUGAUGAUGAUGGUUACUUACUCAAGAUUUAGGAUUGAUGGAAAAUAAGGCAAGCUGCUUCAACUCUAUAUACAUACAGCUGAUACUGUAAAGGGGAAAAUAAACAUGAAACCAACAGAGGAGGUUUACCUUUAAAAGGAACCUGUAAUUCCUUACCUCUUAUUUCAUGUAGGUGUCAUGUUUGUGUUUCAGUUCUUAACAAAAGACACAAAAACCAAACAAAAAUAUGAGGAAACUCACUGAGUCCUCGCACUUAUCAAAGCUGAAAGGGACUGGACUGAGAGCUCUGAUAUGGACUCAGGGAAGGGUGAGUGUCUGACUGUUUCUGGGCUCAGACGGGGGGUCCUCUAACACUCCUGCUGUUUCCCUCCUGCAGAUGAAGCUGCUCAACCUCUACAUCAAGAGGGCCCAGACCUCCACCAGCAACAGCAGCAGCUCCUCUGACAUCUCCUCCUAUUAACUCUUUCCAGCACAUGCUCAGCUUUCCUCACCUCCUCACAGAAACCUUUUCAUUCCAUCAGCUGAUGACUGAUCUGAAUCAGCGUCUCCAUGUUCUUUGUCGGACCAGGCUGAGAGGCCAAAUCCCCACCUUUCCAAAAACAAUGAUUUCCAUUUCUAUUCUUCAGCUUCUUAUGGAGCUGAAACCAUCUUGAUCAUCUUCUUAUCAUCUUUUAAACUUGGCGAAGAUGUUUCCUUCUCCUUCACACUCUCUGUGUAGUCAUGAGCCUUAAAAGCUGCAUUUCCAUCCACUCAUGAUGGAAACUUUGUGCUCACACCAACCUUCUGCUUCUUCUCGCUCCCUAUUUCAUUAUUAUCUUCUCCAGCCGGACCUGAGGGCCUCUCUGGAGCUGAGGUGAUCCUAAAUUUCAGUCUUCUUAAACUUGUUUAAGUGUGAGGCGGGUUUGAAGGAAAGAAUCUCCUGUGUAAUGACUUCACUCAGCUGUGGGCUGUCAGUAUUUGUAUUUACGAUUAGAACCUUUAAUCCACGUCUUUUCACACUUUGCUUUGACACAUCAAACCUUAUCUUCUACUGAAUGUAAAGAGCUUUGACAGGAUGUGGAUCUCACCUGUGUUUCUUCCUAACUACUGCCUCAUUGUACCCGGAGGAUCAAUCUUAAAGGAAUGUUUUCCGAUUGGAACGUGUGCAUUCGAUUGAAAAAAUGAGCUGCGCCGAGCGGUUUAAGAAGUGGUCUUCAAAAGGCUGAAUUAACGAGUCCAUCUGAAGGGUUAAAGGUUAAAAAAACGUCACUGAUGAUGGACUCAUUAAUGUAACAGGAUGAAGUGUUAGCUUUCAAAAAUGUGAAAUCCAAACUCAUGUUAGUUUACAUAGAAUGAUCAUUUGGCUGGCCAAUGAUUCGAAGCACUACAGCGAUCGUAGAGAGUUAUAUUAUCGAGAGCCUGAGAACCAGCAGCAGCAGAUAUCAGUGUUUUUAAUCAAGUGAAACGUUUGAAGUUAACAUUCAGGAAUUUAAAAAAGGACAUCGUUUGUUUGAUGCAACACUUCUCAGUUAGAUUUCCACUUUAAACUCUAUCACAGGUAAUAAAUCUGCUCUCAAAAGAGAAGAUUAAAAGGACAGUUCGGCUGGUGAACAUGUAUACACAUAUAGACAUGCCUUAAAUCUCAUGAAUGUAGUCUUUGCAACAAGCUGUCAGACAUUUUUCUAUUGAAAUCAAGACCAGCCAGAAUUUAAAUGAUCAUAAAACAUACAUUAUCAUUAUUUUUAAUACUUUUUCCAUCAGUCGAAAACGCUUUAAAGUCGACACAAUCAGUUUUUAUUUGGUAACACCACCUCAAAUGAAAAGACAAAACAUUUUGAAAGUGAAAUUGAAAAGUGUUGCAUCGACCUGACGGAUCAUUUAUCUAUAAAUGUUCAAAACAAAAAAGUGAUUUUUCUUAAAAAAAUGUAUUUUAAUGCCUGAAAGUGCACAAAAGGUCACUCAGCUGAGGACGUCAGGAUUUUAGACAAACGAAAGAAAACCACUAAUAUGAUGUGAAACUCCAGCUUCAGUUCAAACUGGGAGUUUGUCAGUUUAGUCGUCUGCUGUCUAACAAGUUUGUGAAACUACAAACUAGCCAAGACUACUGGGAUUCGUAGUUUUAUUCCCAAAUACUGUAGUUUAUUUGUGUUGUAUUCCACUCAAAAAAGGUCAUAUAGAGGUCAAAAUGAAGGUCUGAAUAUAUCAACAAUAGUAUCAGUAUUUUAUUUAUGAGAGCUUUGUUAAAAGUAAACUAAGUUGACUGGUUUAUAUUUUGUUUUGCUAACAAACUGUUGACAGUGUAAUCUUGUUUUAAAGAGAUGCUUUAACUAUUUGGAGGAGAAACUCGUCUCUAUCAGUGGUUCCUAAAUCGAAUGUAAGUUCCUCUGAGACUUAAUAAAUGUGAACUAAUGAAGCAAAAAGGCAAUACUUCAAUCUGACAGGAAGAUUGACAAUCUGAAUGAUCGAGAAUAAUCGACUUAAAGCUAGCGACAAUUGAUGAGUUGUAAAGUGCCAGCUCUGAAAAUGAAAAUUAUGAAGGUGAUUGUUUGAUCUUCAGACAUUAGCAAUAAACUUUGAGAAAUCCAGUUCGGGUUUCCACGUCAAAGCACUGUAAAUUUCCAUUGUGUUCCUCCUUUGAGACGUGCUCGCUGGUCAAUGUACAGAAGUUUUUGUUUGUUUGUUUGUUUUUUUUGAACAUAUAUAUAAUAUUAAAAUAUUACUGCUGCUUAUCAAAAUACUAACAAACGCGCCUAAUAACGCCGCGGUAUGUACUGUAUCAGAACAGAAAGGUUUGGCGAGAGUCGAAACUUAAUGACUGAACACUGAAAAUUCAAAGUCCUCUGAUUGGUUGAACUCUCUGGUGCUAAACUCCACCAGUCUGGCACGUAAAGACGGUUCAAACAAACCCUACAGAGAAAGUUUGAGUCGCGUUAAAAACAGAGUUCAACAUUUUGGGGAAGAGAGUGAGAGAAAGAUGCACUACAGAAACUCUAGACACAGAAUCAGGAUAAGAUUCUGUGCAAAACAGUCAUGGAGUCCUUCAUUUUUGCACCACAGUAGCAAUAAAGUCUGCCAAUAUAAUACAUAUCUUUAUUUUUUACUUCUGCAGAUCCAUUUGGAGUCAUUUACACAUUUCCAAAAACUGCUGGGAUUAAUAACACCCCUUGUAUGAGCCUUAAUGAAGUUUGGUUUGAUGUUUGAUUGGAGUCACUGUGUCUUUGAGACAUUUGUCAAACUCAGUGAUCAGAUACUCAAGAGUAUUUAUAUUUUCUUACACUCAGUCCAUCUUUAAAGCUGAGAUGCUGUCCUAAACAGAAACAGUUUCCCCAAACUGUUGAAAUCUGUCUUUUACCGGACUCUGAAAUGAAACCCAGAAAGUGAAGGAUGCUGUAACCGAAGAUCCCCAGGCCUUAUUUUAUCGGCAAACUCGUUACUCGGACUGUUAAAUGUACUGUACCAGUGCCCUCUGUCACUUUUCUCAGCGUGCGAGGACUUGACAAGAAUCCGCUCUUAACUCUGGAUUGAAUGUUCCGUCAGCAAGCAUGUGGUCCAGUAGAUCCAGUGUUAGCCUGACGCAGUUUAGGCGACUCAGAGUCAUCUCCCUUUACUUUUUGUACAGUGUGAUUCAAAACUACAACUCCUAAACGACGUCUGCAUGCAACCGUCUCAGCAAUCCUGUAUUUCCAGCUGCGUUGCUGUAAAACGUAGCCAAAACAGAAACUCCAAACGGAAGUAUUUGAUUGAGUUUUUGAAUUCGUCCUUUUAUUUUCCUGAAUGUGUGCCUUUGGGUGAAGAUUUCUGGCAAUACUAACCUUUACUAACAAAACACAAGACAACACUGCGUCUUAGGGUGGACUGCUGUGAGAACUAAACGUCUGGAUGAAGAAAAGAAGUGCUGUAAAUAUGCUUCAGGGGAGAGAUUUUCCAUUGAAACCACUCCAGUGCAUGGCUCCUCCUGUUUGUUUUGUAGUCGAUUAGUUUAAUUUUAUGUUAUUCAGUAUUUAUGUUUCCUUUCCCUGUGUAUGACUGUAUAUAUUUACAUGUUUGGUUCUCUUUCACCUGUGAUAGACUUUGCAGAACUUGAAAUAAACUAUCAGACUUCUACUCUCCGGUCUGAAAGUCUCUUCCCUUGACCUCCUUUUUUGAUCAUGUUGAUGUUUUAAAUGCACAUUUGUUUGCAGAAGAAAAGUGAGUAUAUAUGUAUAUUUCUUGAUUGCUGAAAUUUAAGUAAACAAAUACAGAUGCUGAUCUUUAGAGACGUGUGUGUAGAGUCUUCAAACCAUCCACCAGAUGGCACUCUAUGCACUCAUAAGGAUUCAGGGAUGUCCUGGUCAACAGCUGUAAGAUUUCUUGACUGAAAAAGGGGAAAUAUUAAAUUUUUUUCAAUAUUUUUCUAUUCUUAACAAAUGAUUUGUUUGAUUUUCUCUGCGCACUUUUGAGCGGGGGCACUGUGGCGGCUGUGGGGAUCAAACCUGUGACUUUUUCUGUUAUUACAGGAUGAGGCCUUCCCGGACUCUGAGUGAGAGUGAGUCAGACCCACAGAGACAGGGACACAGGGACAGCUCAGCUCAGGGUUCACACUAGAACAUCUGCCAGCAGGUACAGAGCAUCAAAAACGCUCAACUUUAACCUCUGAGUCAACUCACACUCUCCAACUCGAGCACGGGCUUUCUUCUGGCUUUUCACUCGGUCUGGUGAAAAUUUAAGGAUAAAACCACAACAGCUUCACCUCUUUUUCUAACAGAGGGUUUUUUUAAGUGCACACUGAUAAGGAAUUUGUAUUAAUGUUUGAACUUAAGUACAGAUUGUAUUAGAGAGCGAGGUGUCCAAAGCAGACUGGGGCAGGAGUUUAAAGCAUCAUUAAGUGAAUUUUAACUUGUAGAGAACGGUGAAAAAAAAAAUCCAAAACAGAUAUUAAUACUGAUUAAAUUAGAUUUUCCUUUAUUCAUCCCUCAGUGGCAAAAAUAGGUCGUUAACAGCAGGGGUACACACAACAUACACAUUCAUACCGGGUACAAAAAACAAAUAAGAUGAAGAACCACGGUAAAAAAAAAGAAAGAAAGAAAUAAUGAAAUAAUAACUUAAAGCCAACAGUUACAUUGAUGAAAAAUAAGUCGUUUAAUGUAAAAUAACUGCAUCCAUAAUCCCA